AUGGCGAACCAAACCCCUGCCGUUGUCAUGGACAACGGCACGGGAUUCUCAAAGCUUGGUUUUGCCGGUAACGAUUCUCCCUCGUUCGUUUUCCCAACCGCGAUAGCUACGAAAGGAGGAGCAGGCGGUAGCGGCGGAACCGGGUCUGGCCGGCCGGCCGUGGCAAACAAGCCAUCUUUCCUUACAGGGGGUGCUGGUCCCGGAGGCCAUUUAUCGACAAAACGGGGUACCGAAGACUUGGAUUUCUUCAUCGGCGAUGAGGCAAUCGCUGCUGCGAACGGGCCAGGUUACGGGCUACACUACCCGAUCCGACACGGUCAAAUAGAGAACUGGGAUCACAUGGAAAGAUUCUGGUCUAACUCCAUCUUCAAAUAUCUUCGUGUCGAACCUGAAGAUCACUAUUUUCUCUUAACCGAACCCCCUUUGAACCCUCCCGAAAACCGAGAGAACACGGCCGAAAUCUUCUUCGAAUCCUUCAAUUGUGCCGGCCUCUAUAUUGCUGUCCAAGCUGUCCUUGCCCUUGCCGCAUCUUGGACAUCAGCAAAAGUAUCAGACCGUUCUCUUACGGGUACUGUUAUCGACUCGGGUGACGGUGUUACGCACGUCAUUCCUGUUGCUGAAGGUUAUGUAAUUGGGUCAUCGAUUAAGUCCAUUCCGAUUGCCGGCCGAGACAUCACCUACUUUGUUCAAUCCCUUCUGCGUGAUCGAGGAGAGCCUGACAGCUCGCUGAAGACGGCCCAGGAGAUUAAGGAAGAGUACUGUUACGUAUGUCCCGAUAUUGUCAAAGAGUUUUCGAAGUUCGAUCGAGAUCGUAGUCGGUUUGCCAAACACGUGGUCUCUCAACCAGGUGGUCGCCAGGUCACCGUCGACGUAGGAUACGAGCGGUUUCUUGCCCCUGAAAUAUUCUUUAAUCCAGAAAUCUAUUCUUCCGACUUCUUAACGCCACUACCUGUUGUGGUUGAUGGUGUCAUUCAAUCUAGUCCGAUCGACGUUCGACGAGGAUUGUACAAGAACAUCGUGUUAUCAGGAGGUAGCACGCUAUAUAAGGACUUUGGGCGAAGAUUACAACGUGACAUCAAACAUUUAGUUGAUGCCCGAAUUCGAGCUAGCGAGGUUCGCAGCGGAGGAGCGAAGAGCGGUGGCUUGGAGGUGCAGGUCAUCACACAUAAGCGACAGCGACACGGUCCAUGGUUUGGUGGUAGCUUGUUAGGACAGACCCCUGAGUUCCGAUCGUACUGCCACACUAAAGCCGAGUAUCAAGAAUACGGGCCGGGAAUCGUACGAAGAUUUGCUCUACUUGGUGGACCUGGUGGUUCGUAG